UUACUCCAACAAGCAGGUGAAUAUCCAACAUUCACCAUGAAAUCAUCUAUACAUCGUAACUACCAAUUAUUUCCGGGAUUUCAUAAUGGAAAAAUUUUAGCCUGUUUUUUUAUGAAUUUUUUGUUGUUCAGUCCAAAAUUUGGUUUAGGAAAACCAUCCAGCUGUCCUCUUCAAUCUAACGGACAAUGUAUUAAUUCAAGAAAUGAUCAGACUAGGAACUAUUUUGUUAAUAAUAGCUCAAACAAUCAACUAGAUUGGAAAGAAUCUUUAACUUGUAGUUUUGGCAUGAACGUGGUGCCGCAAAAUGAUAUUCAGAUGUUAAACUUGUAUCGUGAGCUGGAAUUCGAUGAUUCAUACGGUGGUGUAUGGGACCAAGGUUUUGACAUAACUUACAGCCCGAAUCAAUGGAGUCCUACAAAUAAACUUAAAAUAUUCGUGGUACCUCAUUCUCACAAUGACCCAGGAUGGCUGAUUACAUUCGAAGAAUACUACAAAGAAUCAACACGAAAUAUUUUAAACAACAUGGUAGUAAAAUUACCCGAAGACAAGCGUAGAAAAUUUAUCUGGGCAGAGAUAUCAUUUUUCAAACUAUGGUGGGAUGAACAGUCGGAAGAAAUUCACGAAAUAGUCAGAAAACUUAUUGCUGAUGGACAAUUGGAAAUAGUUUCAGGUGGAUGGGUUAUGCCGGACGAAGCUGUAUCUCACUGGAUGGCGCAGUUGACUCAAUUGACUGAGGGUCAUCAGUGGUUGAAGAAAAACUUGAAUUAUCGACCCACCAGCAGUUGGGCGAUUGAUCCGUUUGGAUUGUCUCCAACAAUGCCAUAUCUGUUGAAAAACUCUGGAUUUGAUAAUGUUCUCAUUCAGCGUGUGCAUUAUGCAGUGAAGAAACGUUUUGCCCAGGAUAAAACUCUUGAAUUUCGAUGGCGACAAUUGUGGGACACCACUGGGUCAACGGAAAUAUUCACUCAUAUGAUGCCGUUUUCUAGUUACAGUAUUGAAAAAACUUGCGGGCCUAAUCCUUAUGUUUGUGUGCAGUUUGACUUCAGUAAGCCAUAUUCUGAAGAAAUAACAGACGAAAAUGUUGCUGAACGAGCGUCGUUAUUAUUAGAUCAGUAUAGGAAGAAAUCUCAAUUAUAUAAGACUAAUGUUGUUCUAGUACCUCUGGGUGAUGAUUUUCGUUACAACAAAAGUUUCGAAUGGGAUGCUCAGUACAAUAAUUAUCAAAAAUUAUUUGAUUACAUGAAUGCCAAUACGUGUCUUAAUGUUGAUGUUAAGUUUGGCACACUUACUGAUUACUUCACUGCAGUCAGGAGCGAGAAAGAAAUCUCCGAAUUUCCGAGCUUAUCGGGUGACUUCUUCACUUACUCUGAUAAGCACAGAUAUUAUUGGAGUGGUUAUUAUACAUCACGGCCGUUUCAUAAAAGACUUGACCGCAUGCUUCUUGGUGCUCUGCGUAGAGCCGAAAUAAUAUCAGCAAUAGCCUUGAUUCACGGUCACCAACAAGAUUUCGGAGAGCGAAUCAUCAAAGCAAGAGAGCUUCACUCGUUGUUCCAGCAUCAUGAUGGAAUCACUGGUACUGCUAGAGAUCAUGUUGUUGUUGAUUACGCUGACAAAAUGCUAGGUGCUCUUAAAAAUUUAGAUGUUGUUACUCAACAGUCAGCAGCGCAUUUAUUGAAAAAUACGACCAUACCUAAUUUAUACCAUGAAUCGGCUUAUUUGUCUCUAGAUGAAGUGAGAUAUCAUCAUAAAGAUAUUAAGGAACGGAAAAUAUUGAAGUUAAACAGAAAUGAGACUUUCAAGAAAGUCAUCAUUUAUAAUUCACUUCCUCGACAGAGAACCAAAGUUCAAACGUUAAUAGUGUCAACGCCUUUUGUCCAAGUUGUCAAUCGUAACGGUGACCAGCUGCAAUGUCAAAUAUCACCUGUUUGGGUCGGAUCAGAAAUAUAUUCUCGUGAAAAAUAUGAAUUAUCAUUUUUAGUCACAGUACCUGGUUUCGGACUUGAAGUUUACUCAAUUUUCUUCAUCGAAGGUGAUAAGUUACCUGAAAAUGUUUACUUAGCUGAUGUAACACUAUUCAAUACCGUAGUACCAUUGUCAAAUAAAUUUGAGUCCAAAGAUAUAAAAAUCUUCCCUUCAGCCCAAGAGUUUUCGAUCACACAGCAAAAUAUUUCAGCUAGUUUUGCGAAAUCAGGGCUACUAAAAUCCAUACGGACUGGAGAUAUAACAACUUCCGUUGAUCUGGAAUUCAUUCAGUACAAAACCUUUCAGAGUGGCGCUUAUCUUUUUACUCCAUAUGAUGCACAACCUAAUUAUCUUUACGAGUGGGAUUACCAUGUUGUCCAUUUAGUGGAUGGACCAAUUCUAUCAAGAGUAUUUAUACAACUACCGCAGGUUACACAAACUUACACCUUGUUUAACUCAACUGGGAGCGAUGGUUUGGGUCUUCAUAUUUCUAACCAUGUUGAUAUCACUAAUACAUUCAAUUUUGAACUGGUUAUGCGUUUGCGUACAAACAUUUCUUCAGGUGAUGAGUUUUUCACAGAUUUAAACGGUCUUAAUGUAAGUAAAAUUAAAAAAAAAAUUUCAAUUUUUCUUUAUAAUAAUACAAUGAAAAAAAGUAUCAUUUUUAUCAAAAUAAUUAACUUAAAUUAAAAAAAAAAAUUCUUGAAUCGAGGACAAUUUACUCAAAUCAAGAAAUAUUUAUUGAAGUAUUUCUUAGUUCAAAAUUUUUUUGGCUUUUUGAUUUAAGCUGACUAAAUAACUGAAUUUUUCAAAACGAUAUUGUUAGACAAAAAUUUUUUCUCUUGAAACAAGUUAAUUUUUCUUCAGUGUAUACGUAUAAUUAUGCGUAUAAUCAACAUAUCAUUUAUUGUUAGCAGUGCAAUACCAUGUUUUUCCAGUAUACAUAUAUUCACCAGGUUUUUCAAAAAUUUAAUAUUAACAUUGCAGAUGAUAAGGCGACAAAGAUUUCUUAAACUUCCAAUCCAGGCUAAUUAUUAUCCACUUCCAGCAGCUGGUUAUAUCCAAGAUGAUAAAGCGCGACUGACAAUUUUGUCAGGUCAACCAUUAGGAGCUGCGUCAAUAGCACCUGGCCAGUUUGAGAUAAUGCAAGAUCGUAGACUCAACCAAGAUGAUUGGCGUGGGCUUGCCCAAGAAGUCAAGGAUAACUUAGUGACAAACCAUGACUUUAUGCUGGUUCUAGAGAAGAAAAACCAAUCUUGCAGUUCAUUCGCGCCUGAUCACCCUUCUAGGGCGCUUUCUUUGGGUGGAUUAUUAGCAUCAGAGGAACUCUUACAUCCUUUAGUUGCAAUGUAUUCACAUCCGUCAGACAAUAGUUAUAAAGAUCAUUUCUCACCUGUUAAUUUUGAUCUUCCGGUAGAUUUAGCCAUUGCUAGCUUUCGUGUCUUUUCAGUGCCUAUCGGUAAAAGCAAUUUGAGCCUUGACAAGGCUCUUGGCAUGGUGUUGCAUCGUCAACCUGUUGAUGUUUGUUGGGGCGAUGAAUUAAUUGCAACACGUUUCAAGUUAUCCAGCAAUGGCGAAAUAAAUGUCAGAAAUUUGUUGAAUUUAACUCAGGAAUGGAGUAUCAAUGAAGCUUCGUUGACAUUCAACAGUGUAGAGGCUUCACUGCAAUCAUCAGUUAUCGAAUUAUGUCCUCAUAAGCUUUCAGCGAUUUUAUUGUCUAAUUCAAAUUUCAAUUAA